CGCUGGGCGGAGACAGACGUCGGUGCUUCCCUCUGAUUGGUUAAUCGCAAUAAUUUCACUUCCGGUGCUCAAUGUUUUGUGACUGAAUACCACCACGUUUAAUAUCAGCAGUGAGGAGCAUCUAGAGUCGGUGUUUUAUCACCACGUGUUUUAGCCGUAAACCAGUGCACUGGCAGAGCUGAUAUUCAUGGCAAAGAGACGCGCUGAGGACACUCUGCUGCACGACUCUCCCUCCAAAAGAUGUUACCGUUCACUUCGCAGUGUUGACAUGCAGCUGGAGAGCUUUCCUCCAACCGGGGGUGUGAGCUUGAGCCCUCCAUCCCUGCUGGCUUUGUUGGGCAGCCGCUGCAGAAAGAGGCCCUACUACUUCGAAGACCCAGAACAGAAACAAGAAGAAGCCGCCGGUCUUUAUCGCAAGACCACGCAAGUCUGCGACGCUAGGAAGCAUGCAACAAGUGUUUUGACGGUGCAGACUUCUGGAAGCUUCCAGGACCGACGCAGCUCCGGUACACUAACAAAUCUCAAAAAACGACCUCGAGAGGGCCCCGCGGGUUCAGAGACUGCUGUUCCUAAAGCUGGUGAUAAAGUGGCUGAUGGAGACACCAACACUGAAGAUUGCACUUACAACUCCUUUCAGUACUGGAGGGUUCCGUUACCUGAACUUGACCUCUCACUGCUAGAGGAUGUUGACAGCCAUUCCCAAACAAAACAAAAGUCAGACGUGAAAGACUCUUCGUCUGAUGCCAUGGAGACCUGAAGAUGAUGGGUGCAGUGAGUCUCCUCUGUUCUGUGCAGACAUCAGCAGCUGGUCCACUCUGUAGCAGGCCAGAGACACGCUGUUUGCUAGAAAUGCAUCUAGGUGAGAGGCAACAACCUUAUGUUACAGGCCAUUGAGUUAACCCUGUCAUAGGCUGUAGUAAGUGACCCUCGUGCUGGUGUAAGAUCAGUGACUGAGAUGAACCAACAAUAUGAUCUGCAGUGUAACAUCACUGUAAUAAUGAUGGGUGCCCAUUCACCCUCAAAUUGUAGAUAUAUAUUUUUGUACUGUAUUGUAAAAGUUCUUUUAAAAAAUAAUUGACAUUGUGUGAUCUAUAAUCUUUCAAAUCUUGCUCGGUGUAACUCAUACCAGAGUUGUUUAUAGAUUAUAUGACUGAGUUGCAGUUGUGAGAAAGUUACAUUUUGAAUGCUCCUCUUUGAAGGCUUUAGUGUAUGUUGUGUUAGCACUAUUAGACUUUUAUUACAUACAACUCUCAUCGAUGAUUGUCACUGCCAGCUCGUUUCAUUGGCAAUAAAAACACAUGUCUAUAA